AUGACGACAUUUCAACUGCCAAUCUGCCAUAUCACGAUGAUGUGGUCAUCGUCUAAAGAAGAUUCACUAAACAUUCGCAUAGAAAAAGGAGCUAAACCAAGGCUAAAACUGAGCGAGGACAAACGGAAUGUGCAGGUUGCUGUACCGCUUGACACAUUCGUGAACUAUCCGUUGCAACGUGUCGAACUUCACGGCGGGUACUACCUAGUACUACAACGUCUACAGCAACAAUACAAAAUUAUCGUACAGCAUGGGCAUGAACGAAAACCAGAAUUCGUGGUUUAUGCAUCUGCACUCUCCCAUGAGAAGGACAUCAAAACGCAAGUGAAAGAAAUGAACACAAGGAUUCAUCAGAUUGGAAUCGCUGGUCCAAAUCUGGAUGUUUUUGGAGCGCUCCGAGUAGCUCGACUAACUCUGGAGGCCACAGUCGGAACGAUGCACGUGAAUGCGAAAAUAAUGGCAGAUCGGCUGUCGUUACAUGGUCAAAACAUUGUCGUAGCGCCUGAAGCGCUUAUCAGUACGGAUCGGUUUACGGUUAUUGGCCGUAAACUACAACUGGAUGGAAGAUGUUUCCCGAAUGAGACAUCGGAAAAUCGAAGAAUGACAGUUCGAUUGGAUUGUAGCCUGGUACAUGUUGGCGUGGAUGGCUGUAUUGGAGAAUCCAACGAUAAGGACACAAUCAAGACAUCCAAGCGUGUGCCCCAGGCACAAAUCUCGGCUGAGAGCCUUAAUCUGACCGUGACCGGCUCUCUGGCGAACUAUGGCAAGAUUUUAGCCUUAGACAGAAUUGAACUUAUUGUCGGCGAGCACCUGCUCUCGCUCUCAGACGGCACCUUAGACAGCGCAGGAAGAGGAUAUGAUGCACUAAAACAGAUCCGUGGAGUCCGAAAUCAAGUUGAAUGCUCACCGAGCUCAAAUAGCCUGCACUCCGCGAUCAGCUCACAAAACGCGGACGCCGUCGCCAAUCUGAUAGAAAAAGGCGUCGAUGUAAAUGAUAAGGUCCGCUCAAAUACUCUCACGCUACGACAAGCCGCCAUCAAACAAUACCGUGAAAAACGUGAACAGUCUACCCUGAAUCGUGUUCGUGAAAGGAUCACCCUAAUUAACGCUCUACUCGCUGUCCACGAUUGGCGACGUGGAUCAAUCCAGGCGAAGGCCAUCCGUGCCAUAAUCAACAAGAACUGUGACGACUGCGCUCAAUUCAACGCCAGAGAGUUGCACAUUAAGGUGGGCGGAUCGGCGACGGUGGAAGCAGAUUCGAUCUGGAGUAGCACGUAUGUGGAGCUGGACGCUUUGGCCGCGGUCACGAUCUGCGGUCAGGUGAAGUUCACGUCCUUAGUUCUAACCGCUGGAAUGGCGGUGACUACCACGGCGGAUGCGAUAGUAGCUUUAGAGCUGUUUGGACGACUGAACUGUGGAAGAUAUUCUUGCGAUGGAAUAUGGACAGUUGGAGAGAAUUUUGUGCUGGAUGCACGCGAAGAUGUCCAGUUUGGAUCACAUUCGUACGUUGAGACGGAAAAGAUGGAAAUGGUAUCCGGAUGCGCUUGCGUAGUUGACGGAUCAUGGCAGAUUGGCACUUGUUGGGCGCUGGUCGAAUCCAAAUUGACUAUAGGUGCCACGGCUAAACUUUUCAUUGAAGAAUCGGCUACAAUAGGAGCAUUAGGGCUAAUGUGUCAUGGAUUCUGUAAUAUCACCGAGACCUGUGAUCUUCAACUGAAAGACUCCGCCCAUUUCUUUCAUUGUUCCAAACUUGAAUGCCAUACACUGAAGUUGGCGUGUGAAUUGCAUUGCACCUUAGGUGGAACCUGGAUUGCCGACAGCAUGAAUAUUUACGUACGUCACGACCUCAUCACGACCUCCACCGGAAAGGCGGCCGUAUUCACUAGCGCCAACCUAACGGUGGGCUCCUUCCGAAAUGAUGCCUUGUGGCAGGUUGAAAAGGACUGUCACAUCAUUGUGGGAUGCAUGGAACAGUCUGAAGAUGGUACGUUGUUCGUGAAGCAAACGCUUGAAAUGCAUAUCCAUCGUGAUUCUGUGGGUUGUUUUGCCGGACGAAUCGUUUGCAGUAAGCUGGACAUGAGAUGCCUUCGACGUUGUCAAUACGAUGGUUACCUAAAAGCUAACGAAGUUGAAGUGUAUCUGCCAUACAUGGAUGAAUCACAACUAAUCGUCACUGGUCAGAUGGAUAUCCUAGUAUCACCGUUGACACUUAAAGGAAAUAGCUCUUUCUUUAACACAACACCAACCACACCUCAUUCAUUCCCAGCGUUCAUACUCGACGGGCGCCUAAAUGCGCACGCGAUCAUCGCACCAUUCCUAGCUGUAGAAUUCUCACCGGAUUCCUUGGUGAGACUACGCGGCAUAGUUUCGGCGACACCAGCGGUUGACUUUAAUAUUCUCGUAUCGGCUGGCGCACUGACAACAGGAAAGAACUGCUCGUUGCUAUCGAUGGGCAGCGAUCCGAGAGCGGAAGGAAUCAUCUGUGCGUCCACAUUCUACCAUCAAGGUCAAAUCCGAUUCCAAGCCGAAGACGUGCAUAUUUUAGCCGGAGCACUGGUUCAUAAGGGUAGACUGACAAAUUGCGAGCAUAAACAGAAUCACGUGAAAAAUUGUCACAUUGUCGUCGAGGAAGUGUUCCUGAAUGAGGGUACAUUAGCCUGUAAUGUGCUGAACAUUACUGGAGACGGUGUGCUGGAAAAUAGGAACAGAAUUUUUGCCGUAGACACGAUGGAUAUACGUUUGGAUAACUUCCAUAAUGAUGAUGGACUUAUGGAGUCGAAAAAUUCCAUAAAACUGUUGUCGGCCACGAAGGAAUGGACGAAACUUAGCGGAUCCAUCAAAGCAAAGAAAGGAUUCGAUCUUUAUGCGAAUAAGUUGGACAUGGCUCUGAACGAUGUCCAUAAGCUCAUCAACGAGAAGAAACUCUCAUUUUCGGCAAGAAGCGAUCUCAUCAUAUCCACUAACAUUUGCGACGAAGUCAAAGAGUUUGCCGUCGGUUGUGCUGCUCAGAAUUCUGUCGCAAUCAAUGCGGCAAUGGAAUUAGAUCGUCUCGAGGUUCUACUCGGUGGUGAUCACACCAAUCCUGGCACGGUAGUGUUCAAAGUCACGGAUAAGGCCGAUAUUAACAUAAAUACGCUUGUCGUAAACGGAGCUGCCAAUCAUUUACUGAUCGUUUUGGACGGACUACUGAGAUGUAGUCGGAUAAGGGUCGCCGAAACAUUCAAACGAGUUACUGUAGCAGGACAAGGCAGCUUGGACAGUCGCCUGAUAUCAGCGGACGGCUCAAAUCUUUGCUUCAAUGUCUACCAAAUUUUCCGUACAAAUGAGAUAUUUUGUCGUAACGUGAUUGUGGAGAAAGAUUCUUUGCUGAGACUGAAACCAUGCGAAGAUCAUGACGUCACUGCGGUCUCUUGCGAAAAGAUGCUCAUCGAGGGAACAGUUUUCGUCGAGAACAAGCUUCUAUUGGUUUCUAAAAAAUCUGACACAUGUGAUCUUCAAAUUCGUGGUCCAAUUAUAGGAACGGCUCCUGAGAGUGAAGUAAGCAUUGAGAGUACACGAGUUUCCAUUUCUGGACAAGUGGCAAAUUUGAAACUUUUGGAAAUUUAUGCCCGCGACACUAUGCAUUUCUCUAUGGCAAAGGUGAAGAACAUAAAAACUGUGGCGAUUGAUUGCUCGGAGCUGGUGGUGAACGGUGACCUCGAAUCGUGCGGCGAAUUUUUGGCAAAGGCUGACGCCGCCAAUUUGUCGGGCUCGUGUACAAGUUCGGGUUUGAGUGGAGUGCUCUCGAUUUGCUGCAGUUCCCUGCAGUCAAGCAUGGACGUGAAGAAUAUCAACAAACUCGCUUUCGCCUGCAGACGAGCAGCAGUGCUCAGAGGCACGAUCCAAGGUGUACGAGAUGUUGAGGUGGAUGCGAAGUGGAUAAAUAACCACUCGCACCUCGAGAAUUGUGUUGAUGUGAAGCUCACCGCUUGGUCCGUACACUGUUCUGGAUCUUGCUGUGUAACGCGAAUGCAAAUUACCACACUAGGCGUGACAUUAGUGAAUGGUAAUGUCAGUGCGGAUGUGCUAAGCGUUACUGCACCAUUUGUGAUUGCAGCACAAUCGUCCGCGACACUUUCUUCUAAUAAACUGGAGAUAAAUUCGUUAUUUUUAUGUACAAAUCAGGAUCUACAAUUAACGGGCACUAAUUAUCUCUGGCUGAUCUUCGAAGAAAUGGUCUACAGACCGAAAUUAACGCCUACUCAAUCGAAUAACUGGAAGGACACGGCAGCAAUGAUGAAGGAUCGCUUCAGUAGUCCAACUAUCGAUGUCGAUGAAGUGAUUGUCGGCUUAAAAUAUCUCAGCGAUCUUAACGUAACUAAGGUCGAGUUGGAUACGGAGAAUGUGAUCUACGAGGAGUUGUGCAAAAUGACUCAACGAUUCGAUAGCAGCCCUGUUAGCCUGUUCAACACUGCCGAUUUGGUGGCGCUGAUCUACAGUGGACGAUCCGCCUUCGCCGUAUCGACGACGGAGAAAAGCGAUGAGAAUGGGAAGAAAAGGAAGAAGAGUCACGGCAGUUCUCUGUAUGAGGGUUUAGUCCAAUUCAAGUCGACAAAGUAUGGAAAAGAAUCGAGAGGAUCAUCCGACACCGAUGUCGGAUACGUUAGCAGAUCGUCAAGUGAGGAGCUGGAUCGAUCCAGGUCACCUCGAUCAUCGCCUGAGGUGCACAAUUGUAGUUUGUUUGCGGACAAUCAUUUCGAUAUUAUUGAAGAGAAGCUGGAGAAUCUAGUGGUUAGCGAUGUGACGGUUGAAGAGCUGAACGCAUCAUUGCUGGAGCAAGAAGAACUGGCUGAAUUCGAACUUUUGGAGCAAGAGAUUGAGGAUAGUGAGGACGGUCUCGUAAGGACUGACUACAUUAUCUGCCGUGACGAGAGAAUUCAACUGGCACGGUUACGGCAGCGUGUGUUCACCUCACAGCCACCACGACCGCGACCACAAUUCCCAAUCACAAGAAUCCCGUCCUCAAAUGAUUUGGUUAUGAAGAGAAUGCAGGUAAAAGCUACCCUUUCUAAUCUCGACCUCCGUUCUUUUGGAAGUGAGACGUCACUGGUGUCAUUGGACUUCUCAGCGGCAGGUGAAAUCGGUUCGCCAAUGCAUUUCGCUGCGAGUCCAUUCCAGAGGUCUCGUAUUCCUCGAGGAUCAUUCCGAAGUCCACGAAAAGCAGUGGUAAUCUAA